AUUUUGUAUAGGUGACAUGGAGAGCUACCUUAUCUUUAGCUGGACUGGAAUCUGAAGUCUUUCUAYUGCAGGAAUUAAUUGGAAAAAAUUGCCUUUGAAGAAAAACGAGGAAAAAUGCAUUACAGGCGUGCUUCAAGGAAAAAAAAUCUUUCUUCAUUCUGCAAGGGUUCAGCAUGAUCAGAAUCUGCUUUAGUCACAAGAGUUUAACCUCAAGUGCUGCAUUUUUGUUUGCCAUAAGCCUAUUAGAACUCUGUUUCCUAGCAAUAAUAUGUAAUUUCCCCCUCCUAUUGAAGUGGAAGGGAUGUUAGGGUUUUAAUCCUGCCCACUAUAGCUGUUGCUCAAGUUUCCUAUUCAAAAGCAAAUAGCACCUGGUGCYAUUUAGAUAGCUGCAAUCUUUGAUAAAGAUACUCCAGGAGGAGAGGAAAAAGAAAAACAAGGUGGGUCUGACUCUGUUCAUUCUGGAACAUGAGGGUGUAACCAUCUGCCACACCAGCCUGCACUGGAAAUUUCUACCAAAUUUGUUGGAUCCGGCACAAACUCUUUUUGGAGACAAAUGGAUGGCUGCAGUGAUUUCUGUUUCUUGAGCAAGUAUGAUUUUUCACCAGGAAGAAAAGGURUCCAGAGAAGAUAAAAAUAUAGUGGAUGGAGUUUUAUCUUGCCUGAUUUUCCUGAAAGGAGUUUUUUUCUGGGAUAAUUUGUUUCUUCCAAUUCUGCAUUGUUUUCUAGAUUUUCAUUUGUAGUUUUUAGAGUACUGAUUCUUAAUUAUUUUUUUCCAUAUUUUUCCUUGUGCUGUUUUUGCUCAGUGUCAGAUAGAUAAAAGAAGUUGGGAUAAAUUAAUUGUAAAGUCAGGAGCAAUUUGGAGGGCUGCUCCACUAUUUAGGAUUCACAAAAGAGAUAACAUAUUACUUCUUAACUAAAAUAAGACCAGCGCAAGAUUCAGGUUAAAAACCUUCUUCUGUGGAAAGUUUUGAUUGCUAAAUUGUUUUCAUUUCACUUGUGGAGGUACAGGUUUAUUCAAGAAARAGCAUUACAGCCUUGUUGCAUUUUUCAGGGCUGUUUUACCCUCCAUUACAUGUGGAAGCUGAAGGACCCUUUUUUAGAGGGUUGUGAUUUGAUGCCAUCAUCUUCCUGCUAAAAUCAAAGUAUCUGCAGGGCAUAGAAUGCAGUCCAGAUCCUUGGAAAAGCAAAAGUGACUGUUYUAAAAGAUUUUAAAGGUGAGAUUUAGAAACUUGCAGAAAAUUUCAAGGAAUGCCUGAAAGAAAUCAGCAUUACACCGAUCUUUGGGAACUUACAAAUAAGCCAGAARCAGCAAUUCAUAGGAGGGGAAGACUGCUGACAGGAGUAUCAGCUUUCAUGGAAGAAAACUGGAUAUAAAGAAUGAACAAUUGCUACCAAACUGGAGAAGCACAGCAGUGAUUUCGGUGCUGCUGUUAAGCUCUGACAGUUCUUUUCUUGUUUAAGACUGAACUGUUUUGUCUCUUGCUGUUUCAUCUUUGGCCUAAUACUGGAAUUAAAACAGCUUCCCUGGCUUUCCCCAAACUUGAGCAAACGCCUUUUGCAAGCCAAGCUUUGGGAGUGUGAGCAGGUGCCGCGUGUGCUUCCCAUGACACCCAAGGCACCGUUGAGAGGAAGCCCCACACGGGAGCUGAUUUGCUGYGUUGUGACACUCCUUUUUCUCUCAUGACACUCCUUCCCCAUGAGCGUCCUCAGGUGGGUGUGAACAACUGACACGGAACUGAGCCAAGGUUCAGCCUUGGACUGGCGACUGCUCAGCCGCCAACGGCAAAAUGAUGGACGAGAUCUCCAUGGUGGUGGCUUACGAUGCCCAUGUCUUUGGCCAGCUGCGUGAUGAAGAUGUUCUGGCCAAUCUGGUGGCAGGCAGCAAACCCAAAGCUGUGGUGCCAACGAAAAAGCUGAAGAAAUAUGAACGAGAGUACCAAACAAUGCGAGAGAGCCAGCUGCAGCAGGAAGAUCCUAUGGACAGAUACAAGAGGGAAAACCGCAGGCUCCAAGAAGCAAGCAUGAGGCUGGAGCAGGAGAAUGAUGACCUUGCCCAUGAGCUUGUAACAAGCAAAAUUGCCUUACGGAAUGACCUGGACCAGGCUGAAGACAAAGCAGAUGUUUUGAACAAGGAACUUCUCCUGACCAAACAGAAGCUAGUGGAGACUGAGGAAGAGAAAAGGAAGCAGGAAGAGGAAACUGCUCAGCUGAAAGAAGUCUUCAGGAAGCAGCUGGAGAAGGCAGAAUCUGAGAUCAAGAAAACCACAGCCAUUAUUGCAGAGUAUAAACAGAUUUGUUCCCAGCUGAGUACUAGGCUGGAAAAACAACAAGCGGCCAGUAAAGAUGAACUGGAUGUUGUGAAGGGUAAAGUGAUGGCCUGCAAACACUGCAGUGAGAUUUUCAGCAAGGAGGGGGCACUGAAGGUGCCUGCUGUAAGCACGGACAACAAAGGCAUUGAAACAGAUGAUGAGAAGGAUGCAUUGAAAAAGCAGUUGAGAGAGAUGGAGCUGGAACUUGCACAGACCAAACUGCAGCUCGUGGAAGCCAAGUGCAAAAUUCAGGAGCUGGAGCACCAGAGAGGAGCCCUUAUGAAUGAAAUCCAAGCUGCCAAAAACUCUUGGUUUAGCAAAACCCUGAACUCUAUCAAAACGGCCACAGGCACACAGGCACCACCGCAGCCCCAGCCUCCCCUGCCUCCCAGAGAGGGCAGCACAUAGUUCCGGCCACACCCGGCACAAGAGCACAAAGAACAACACAGCUGAAACCCUGGAGGAUUCUUCCAGUGGUCUCUCCUCCCGGGGAAAGGACAUAAGGCAGGAGUGUGGGCUUGAAGUGAAAUUCUUCGGUGUUUUUCAUUCGUUUUCUGAUGUGACCCUUUUCAAAGGGGAAAAACAUCCUGGUUUAUGUUGAAUUCCUACUUCCCAUACUGCCUUGCUGAAAGCCACGUUCUGAUACCUUCAUUCUUUUACACUUUAUUUUAUAUGACUAGAUGUUAAAUAAAUACUUCAGAACUAGGUCUUUAAUACAACUAAUUUGAAAUUAUUUUUUAUCUUGCAUAGAGGGUUUUUCUUCUGGAGGAAGAGAGAGAAUGGAAAAUGUCUAGUACUGCAGCAUAAUCUCUCCCUAGAAAGCACAGUGUAACAUGUCUCGGAUAAUUUAUGCCCUGGGACCAUCUCAGAAGUUUAUCACAGUGACUGCAUCCUGCAGAGAAGCACUUUUUGUAAAGCCUAGGCCAUAGCAAAGAUAGGCUUGUGCUCUCCUGGCACAAUUGCUAUGAUCUUCCCUGGUAACUUCUUAGUUUGGAUUGGCUUUUCUUAAGAAAUGCAAGUAGUGCAGUUUUUUGUAACACCAUUGUUUAAAGGCUAUUUACAGCUCAACUGGAAUUUAACMUAAACUUACCUAGUUCCUUUUUUAGAAUUCAUAUUUAUAUUAAGAAUUCCAAGGAGUAAUUCCUUCCACUKGGAUAAAGGGAAAACUGUUUUGACACUUAUUUGAUGUUUUUGCUGAGAARCAGAGUGAAGACCUUGCAUGGUUUUGACCUUUUGUAAAUCCUGUGCAAUAAAGGGUAGGUUUUAUGAAUAAAAGUAAUGAAAACCUUGCCCUGGGUCUAUAUUCAGAUUCCAAAAUUGACACAGAAAUGAAGUACCAAAUAAAAUACCCAAAAGGCUUCUGCUGCACUGAUGAAUAAAAUAUCACAGAAGCAAGGUCUGUUUGCUAGAGGCUUUUGGUUAUUGUGGGUAUUGCCUAUUUUUAUAAAAACAAGCAUUUUCAAGRGGAAUGCAAACCCUAAGCUUUCCUGUCGGGGUAGACUUCUCUGGUGAUUCCCAAACCUGUCUGGUUGUUUUAUAUCUCUUAAGGUAAGAAAGUUCAAAAGCAUUCAUUUUGACUAAACAUAAAGUGUUCAUAGAAAUACUUAUUUCAUGGAAAAUUAAACUAUUGCUUGAACUGAUGGAAUAUUUUUUUAAUUAUACCKGUCAUGUCUAAAGAUGAUCUUGCAGGUAAAUGUCAUUGCUGGACUAAAUGUUGUGUAUUAAUUGUUUCAUUUACAAGAUUUUUCCAGGGACAUUAGUUCUGUUUUGAUCUUUUUUAAAAAAAAUUCUAUGGAAUGCCAUACAUUGUUGGUUUUGUACAAUAAAAUUUAAAGAUACCCAUCUUGGGCUUUGUUGUCAAGCAUAAUUGUGAAUUAUUUUCAACAGUUGAAACAAAUUUAAUGUUACCAGUGGCAAAGGAAAGAUUCUGAAAGGCAGUCGGCUGUUAGAAGUAGAGAUCAAAAUAUAAUCACCAUUCAGACCCAAUUCUCUCUUCUAAAAAUAAGGGGUUAAAAAACUAUUAUUUUAAAAUGUACCUUCAAGAACAGUGAUUUUCUGGAAUUAUUAAUAUGGUGAGGAAAAAAGGGAGAAAAMCAGAAGGUAUGUUAUCAAAGGUCUUUCUCCCAUGUCACUUUCUUGCUCAUAAUAUUUGCAUAAAUGUUUCCAUUUCCUUGACUGACAAAACCCCGUGUUUGUCAUUCACUUACCAGUUUCGCUUCACAUUCAGAAUGUGAAUCCAAAUUCAUAAUAAAUCUGAAGUUGUUUUUAAGGAUACCUGGUGAACUAUAUGAUUGUUGCAUUUGAGAGUAUUGUGCCCAUGAGGAAAACUUGGUUGUUGGACAAGUACCUGAAUUUCUCAUUUARUUUAUCUUAAUCAUACUUACAAGUGGAUUUAAAACCAUGACUGGAAAAGUUCAGGAAGAAAGAUUAAAGGAAUGUGUAAAGUUUUGAUUCCCUGAGCAGAUGAGUUAGGAGUUCACUGCUGUUCACCCCUCCAACUCCACACUGUACAGUCGUGUCCCUYGUCUUUGUUAGAGUAUGUACUGGAGAUGAUUAAAAACAACAGCAAAAAAAAAGAUGUGGGUGGAUUUACCCCUCUAUGGUUCAUCUUUCAUCAAGUGAUUGAGUUACAUCACCUCAAAGGGUCCARUGAGUGAGCGGAUCAUGGGAGUGGGACUUUCCAAGUUCAUCAAAAAGGAACUGGUAAUUACGGUCACCACGUUUCACAUGAGCUUUGACACAACAUUCCUUUUCUCAGUGUAGCUGCUUUAUGACUUUGGAAGUUGAGUUUCAGGAACAGAACCACACUUACUACCUGCUAGCCACGAUGGUUUCAAACCCUUGUAAAGAUGGAAGCUGGUUUACCUCACCAAAUGAAGUUUCAGAAAGCAAUGACUCUAAAAGGCAGUAAACAAUUUCCACCUUCCAGCUGUAGAUCCAGGGGAGCAAUUUGUAGCAGUGGCAUUUGGAAGAGUAAUAUUCAGGUGGAAACUUCAUCUUCUCAGCAUUACUGAAGGAGUAAGAAAAUGGCUUURUGGCAUUAUCUUGAUGAAUAUUCAGAAACAAGGAAAGGAGCAGGACUCCAUGAUUAAACCAGGCAAGCUAUAAUUCUAUCUGCUGACUGUUGAUGCUAUGGGGAAAUKUAGUUUCCUGCAAGAAAAGAGAUCUGUGUGUGACAGAACUACCUACACAUAUAUUGUUGGUGGAUUUGUCAAGGAUAGCUGGCUCACUGUUCAGCUUUUCAGCAGGAAACAUCAUCAAAGUCUCACUGAAACUGUUGCUUCCAUGUGACAUUGGAACAGCUAACAUAGCUGCUGAGUCUGGAGUGAUCAACCUUUUUUCCCUUAAUCUCUAGUAAACUAUGUGUCCACAUCACACUUUUAUUAAAAUUAAUUUGAAUUUUAUAAAUAUAKAUAUGUGGAACUAAAACCUAUUUUUAAAUUUUAUUGAGAAGGCAUCAUUCUGAAAUAAAGCCUUUACCUUGAUUAGGAACAAACUUCCAAAGAAUAUUUUUACUACAACUUUUAUCUUGUUGGAUUCUAAUCUCUUACUGAGAUGCCCAAUAUGGGGGGGGGGGGCCUAAAAAAAAGUCUUUUUCACUUUAAAAAGUUGUUUUUCCUUUGACUGUAACACUUUACAGGCUAAAUGAAACAAGGCUGAUUUAGUUAYGUGGUACAUCUGUGAACUAGUCUUGUAUUAUCUUUGUGAAUCAAACUUAAUAUUCUAAAGUAAUAAGACUURUUCCACUUAGUUUAUGUUUCUAAAUGUACCUGGAGGGAAUUAAAAAGAAAAAAAAAUAGAAWAUACCAUGGGUAGAGUUAAGCCAAGAAACUGCAAAAUCCCUGAGGUUCAUCUACAUUAGUGUUUGGYAGAACCAGUCUCAGGAAAGGUAGUCAGCCUUGUAAUCAGUACUGCCAGUGGACAAACCCACCCCUGUCCUGUCCACUAAUGAGGAUUUAAUUUGCUAUAGCUGAGUUACAUUGCUACAGCUAAGUUAAAGUGCUUAUUCGUAAGCAUUUUUUUUCUGUUAGACAUUUUAAAUUACUUCCCUUGGUUGGCCCUUGAAAUUUCUUUUGAGAUAAAACAUCAUCUGUGCCACAGUGUUGAGAACAACUUGAAGUAAAAACAGCCAUUUACAAGGGGAGACAGAGAUAAAAGUGAAGAACUGCAGGAGUUCAUCCCCUUCACAAAGCAUGAAGUCUCCCAUUGACUUCAGGGCUGUGAUGCCACUCACUGAAGGUGGUAGUUUAGGAGUAAAUGAAAAUCUGCAUUUACUGGCAGGAAGURUCAAAAUUUGGAAACUACAUGCCAUGCUUUCUCCACAGGAUCAAGGCAGGCCUGCACCCUUCCUUAAUAUAUUAAGUAGCWGCAGUGAAAUCCAUGAAACUACUUGUAUGUGUGGGAGAACUAAACCUYUGAUUUUCAUUUACUGUUAGACUCAGGGAUAAUUGGCAACUUCUGCAUCUUCUCCUAAGCCUAAACACCCUUGACUCUGAAACCAGAAGCACUCUUACCUUACACUGCUGGUGUUCUUCCAGCUGCUAGAGAGGAAACUUAGUGUCACAUCUGAUUGAUCAUGAAGAGUGGGCAGAGAUGUUUCCUCAAGGCUGAGGGAUUGCUGUGGCAGACAAGCACCUCAUGUCCCUGCCAGACACUGCCGAAGGGUCUGUUGUGCAAAGAGCUGGCUGCACCCAAUGUGCAAACACAAAGGUUAAAACUAAAUUCUUUUUCUGUCUAUUGUGCUAAUAUCCUACUGGGAACUGUCCCAUUACCUCCUUCCAAGUAAUAGCACUAAGGGGAGACAUGAUGAAACACUCAAGUUUGGAUCUCUCAGGUUUUAGUGUAGAUUUAUGUCACAGCAGCCUUUAGCCUAUUAAUGAGCUAAUCCAGUUGGCUUUUGGGAAAUGCAAGGAAUUUGCAAAUGGAUAAAUAACGAUCAGCAUUGAUCAAGACCUUAUCUUUCCCAAGUCAGAAGUCUACACAAUUUAUUUCAGGAUUGUGACUUGACACAUACAGGUUAGUUCUCCAGGAAUACAGGGCUCUCCAUUUUUCCUGGGUCUCAACUGCUUUGCUACUGAAUGUAUUUCAUGCUAUUUUUACCUGAAAAAAAAUAUGGGUAGAGAAUUAGGAUAUUACUUUUUAUUAUUUUCUUAUUCAAUGGGACUUGCUUUUAUUUAACCUGUAAAGGAAUAUAUAUGUAUCUUUGGAGAACUUUAUCUUGCAUAUAGAAUAAUAUAUAAGAAACUGAAUGACUAGGGGAUAAAUACAUCAAAGGAUUUGGUAUCAUAAAUUUCAUUUGUGAUUUGAUACCACCAGAAUCCUGGGCUGUACUAAUUUCCUUACAGUUUCUCUAAUUUUUGUAUUUUAUAUGAUACAUGGAUGGUACUACCAAUGCAAACCAGAUGUUCCCAGAUUUUUCUUCAGAUCUCAAUUCCUGCCUUUCAGUAAUCCCURGGUUUGCAAUUUUGCUAUACCACCCUCAAAAGCUGUGCCAGGAGCUCUCUUGAGCUGUGGGAACUCUUGCUUUCCCAUGKAAGAAGAUUCUCUGGCUUCUUUGAACUGGGAAAAGAUGGCAUGUGAAUGCAGCAAAGUUUCUAAUCUGACAUAAUCCAUCUCCCUCUCUCUGCCAUUAAGGUGAAUUCACUCCAGCACACUGAAAACAGAGCAGCUUCAAAUCUCUGACCCCAUGACAAUGAACUUUUCCAGAUUUGGAGUUGCCUUUGUGACCUAGGUGUGCCUGAAGUUCUCAAAUCAUAAAGCAUUAGGCAAAAAAAGAGCAUCAUAGAUAGGUCGGACUUCAAACUGAAAACCAUUCAGUACUACCAGUACUUGGGAARCAAAUCCAUGUAUUAUAUAAAUUACGACAUGAAAAUAUAAGUGUAAUGCUUGUUAUUAAAAGUGCAAUUCAAUGUACAUGGUCACAACAAAUGUUUACUUUUUUAAUUGUUACAGAAUUGUUCGGAUCAGUACCUUGUUAUCAUUGUGUGAAUGAUACCUUGUAAAAUAAAUGGAAAUCGA